AUGAGAACAAGGCGAGGGCUAUGCUAUCCUCGACUGCCCAACAUGUGUGCCGUGAAUAAUCGGAGGAGGAAGCCGCCGGCGGCCUCCGGACAACAACCUGGAUGCCGGAAAAGGAUGAGGGCCUCGCCGGAAGACGGUGGAGGAUGUGAUUUGUUCGAAGCCUUGCCGGACGAUAUCGUCCUCUGUGUUCUCUGCAAACUCAGCUCCACCGCCGGCUGCCCCGCCGAUUUCAUCAACCUUCUCAUGACAUGCAAGAGGUUUAAUAGAUUAGGGCUCCAUUCUCUGGUGUUAUCCAAAGCCUGUGAGAAGAUGUUGGCAGUGAAGGCCCAAAACUGGUCCGAGUCGGCUCAUCGAUUCCUCAAACUCUGCGCCGAUUCCGGCAGCGUCGAGGCUUGCUACACUCUUGGCAUGAUUCGAUUCUACUGCCUGCAAAACCGGGGGAGCGGCGCAUCCCUCAUGGCCAAGGCCGCGAUCGCCUCUCACGCGCCGGCCCUCUACUCUCUCGCCGUCAUCCAGUUCAACGGCAGCGGCGGCUCCAAGAACGACAAGGACCUCCGCGCCGGCGUCGCCCUCUGCGCCCGCGCCGCCGUCCUCGGCCACGUCGACGCCCUCCGGGAGCUCGGCCACUGCCUCCAGGACGGCUACGGCGUCCGCCGAAACGUCGCCGAGGGCCGGCGCUUCCUGGUCAAGGCCAACGCCCGCGAGCUCGCUCUCGUCCUCGUCGCCCACCCCUCCGCCGCGUUGGAUUGGAAGCUCCGCCACAAGAAGGAGUGCAGCCCGGCGGAGAUGUGGGUGGAGGACGAGGACGGCGGUUUGGACGGUGACGCCGAGGACGUUCUGAAUCUUAACGGCGAGGAGGAUAGUUGA